AUGACAAAUAAUCAUAAUAAUACGAACAAUAAUAUUAGUAAAUCACUCAAUGGAGAUGAGGAAGUAACAUUAGAAAUUCCCGUAUGGGUACAAGGAAAACGAAAAUGGGUAACGGGUAUAACAAAAAAGACAACAUUUGACGAUUUGAUCUAUGCUUUAUUACAACAAGCUGAUCUUUUAACGAAUAAUAAUGGUAUUUCGGGUUUUGCGAUUGCCGAAUGUAUUCAAAUUGUUAGUUCAUCAUUAUCGUCUAAAGAUAAUACACCAUCGAUAAAUGAUUCGUUAGUAACUCAACGUAUAAUAAAAGGACGUUUAAAAGUAAUGAAAUCAUUUAAAAAUUGGCAAUUUGAUAAAUUACCGUUAACGAUCUUACAAUUAAUAACUACAAAACAGUCGUCGAUCGAUAAUAAAUUUCGUACGAAAGUAAAAAAAUUUCUAUCAACAAAAACAUUGACAACAAAUCAGUCAAUAUCAUCGUCAUUUUCUGAAACAUCAAUACCCUACACAUUGGGCAUAGUAAAACCAACAUUACCAAAAUUAUCACAAUCAUCGUCGUCGUCUCCAAUUUCAUCUCAACAACAACUUAAUGAAUUAUACGAAUGUUCCAAUGUAUUGGAACGUCAACAACGACUAUUAAAUUAUUUAGAUGAAAAAAUACACCAAACUCAAUAUAAUGUUUUAUCGUAUGAACAAUUACCAACAGCAAUCGUCUCAUCAAAACGUCAGAAUGACAUAGCGAUAGAUAAUACAAUAAAUCCUCAAGAUAUAUCACUUUUAUUUUCAAAUAUUCAUGAUAAACAACAAUUGUAUGCCACUACCCAAUUAUGUAAUGAAAUUUUACGUUUACAAGAUCGAAUUAAUGAACAAUCGAAUCUAUUUUAUGAUGUUGAACAAGCAAUAUCAAAUGAAUUAAACAGUGUUUUAUUCGAUCAACAAGACAAUACUUAUGAUACGUUACCAUUAACAUUAAAUAGUUCGACUUAUGGUACAAUCACCACAACAAAUAGUACUCCAACAAAUAGUUCGGAUACACCAUCUGAUGUUAACACAUUGAAAAAUUCUAUUUAUCGUAGUCGUGAAGUAACAAGACUACAGUGUAAAGAAAUGCAUGAUUUAGACUUAUGUCUACGUGAAAGUGACAUUAUUAUUGGGAAAAAAAUUGACGAAUUGAAAUAUCUUGAAUACGAAACUCAAUCAUCUAAUUAUAAUAACAACAGUAAUAUGCAUGUCUAUUCAAUAACACCCAAUUACAAUUGUUUUUAUAAUAAUCAAUCUAACACUAUUGAUGACACUCAUCAACAAAUAAACUAUGACACAAUUUCUAAUGAUCAUCUUAAUAAUUCAGUCGGUGCAACAAUAGUGGAUUCACAUAACUUAUAUUCACGAGAUGAUUUAAAAAUAACGAAAGAAGCUGAUGAUGAUAGUGGAAUCAAUUCAUUGAUAUCCGAUGAUAGUAAUGUGGCAAACGGAAAUCAGGGAAAAUCUUGUCUAGAAACAUUAGUCUGA